CCCCGGUUGAGGUCAGAGAUUGGGUGAAGAAGGAGAAGAUACAAAAGUUCAUCGUUAGUCUCAGCUGGAUCCAACUCCUCUUUAUCAUCUUCCCCGGCAAAGAGCGCAAACACGUUGCCGCUUCAAAAACCCAGUGUCAAAGGCCUUCAAACGGGCUUGUCCGUUUUGAGCCAGACCAUGGCCCUGGUUCCUUCGAACUUGUGCAAUACGCAGCGGACAGCCAAUAAGUCGACCAGCCUCUUCAUUGUUGUUCCUCCAAGGCCAGCUGCCUCGUCUGAAGGAAGCCUUGAGUGUUUUACAGACUGUGCGAGGCGCUCAGAGGGGUUUCCAUCAUAUUCCCAACGCUUGGAACGUAUCAGAGUCCUUUGCCUGUUCCUCUUCAUUGUUAGGGUUCCAUCGGACCCGAAUGGGCGCAGGUUCUCUGUCGAGUUCCAGAAUGACCUCUACACCUUCCGUGCCAACGGGACCGGCUACGUGUUUUCCGGAGGCGACGAGGUCGGUACUGAACCUCUAAACGCCCUCGUGGUUUUUGCGAGUCCAUCUCUCCCGCAGGACGUGAUUCCUCCUAUGCACGGGCCAGAUACUCAUGUUAUGAAGCCUGGCCCGAUAAACAAUGGAGACUGGGGCUCGAAGCCCAUUCUCUAUUUCCCUCCUGGGGUAUACUAUAUGAACCAAAACACCGCUGGACAGUCGGGCAAGCUAGGUUCAAACCAUAUGGUCCUGGAUCCGAAAACCUACUGGGUAUACCUCGCCCCAGGGGCGUAUGUCAAAGGUGCGAUUGAGUAUACCACCCAUGCCUCUUACUUCUACGCCACUGGACACGGUAUUUUGUCUGGUGAGAACUACGUCUCUCAAGCCAAUGUGGACGAGAACUACGACUGCAUAAAGAGCGAUGCGACAAGCCUCCGGAUGUGGUGGCACAACGAUAUUCAAGCUGGCCAGAAGUGGUUCUGCCAUGGGCCAACCAUCACUGCGCCGCCAUUCAAUACUAUGGAUUUCCUCCCGGAAGACGCCGCCAUCAGCAGCGAGAUCAUUGACUAUAAGCAAGUUGGAGCGUUCUUCGGUCAGACUGAUGGUCCAGAGCUCUACCCGAAUAGCACUGUUCGAAACGUCUUUUGGCACGUCAAUGACGACGCCCUCAAGGUAUACCAUAGUGGCGCUUCGGUCAUCAACACCACUAUCUGGAAGUGCCUGAAUGACCCCAUUAUCCAGAUGGGCUGGAGCACUCGAAAUAUUAGCGGGAUAGUCAUCGAUACACUCAACGUGAUUCACACACGCUAUCUCGGUCCCUAUAUGAUCGUGCCCCCGGCCAUCAUUGGCGCAUCCCCAUUCUAUGCAGAUGGAUUAACCCCAGACCCAAAUCAGGCCAUCAGUCUGAAAGUCUCGAAUGUGGUCUGUGAAGGGCUCUGUCCUUUGCUGAUCCGAAUCACGCCUUUACAAAGCUACCGGGAUUUCAUCGUCGAGAAUGUGGCCUUCCCAGACGGUUUGCUGAACAACAGCCUAGAUAUCGGUCAGAGUGAGAUUCCAGCUGCUCCUGGUGUAGUCAUGGACCUUCACAUUUCGAACUGGACUGUGGGAGGGGAGCAAGUCACCAUGGACAAUUUCCAGUCCAACAACCUCGGGCAGAUGAAUAUUAGUGACACUUAUUGGGGCGAGUGGAGUAUUACUCCGUGAUUAAGUCCUCUCCUAGUGAGGCUCGCGGCUCGCGGAUUCAAGUAAUAUAUUUUGUAGCUUACCUUUCUUACUUGUAGAUGUAGCUAGGCUGCUAGGGCCUCG